AUGAUAAAGAGGUCGCGAGCUCGAGGAAUCGCAGUUAUUCCUUCAGGCUCAACGGUCCUCCGCCUGUUUGGACGCGGAUACAAAAUAUUUAUCACUAUUGGCUGCAUUAGCGCCGUUCCAUACGACCAACGUUUCGCUUAUUGGCAGCGUCGCACUGAUCCUGAUGAUAUUUCUGGAGUGAUUCCUAUAGAUUUUUCAGAUAGUUUUAAUAACGCGGCCGCAAAUGUUGAUACUCCACCGAAACAUUUGACUGAUGAGGAUUUCUUCACGGAAAACCCAGUUGAUGCAAAUCGAAGACGACAUUUUCAGAAUUUGAACGUUAAAAAUAGAGCAAAUCACCAUAUAACUGUUGAAAAUAAUCUUCCAAGUCUCUACAAUGAAGGAGUAAACUUAGACAAUGAAGAAUAUUAUAAAAAUGUUGAUAAUCGGCACUUGCCAAAAUUUCCUGAUUCAAGUGUAAACAAUGAAGCAGAUAAUAUAAUAGCAAGUCAUAAAAUUGUUAACAACCAUAUGCCUAAUUUUGAAGGACCAAAUUUAGAGAAUAAAGCAGGGCAUGAAAAUAUUGAUAUUCAGUCUCCAAGCUUACUGGAGAAACGAUUAGACAUCGAAAAUAGAGGUGUUGGUACAGAAAAGUCUGAAAAUAAUGAAAAUAAAGCAAACGAUCAAUUGCUAAGUUUGCAUGGGCUGAGUUCAGAAGGUAAGAGUGAUUAUCAACACAUCGGUGACGCUAUUUUAAAGCCUUAUCAAGCUUCGGAGCCUAAAACUUCAUCUGAUCUAGUGAAAAACACACUUUUGAAAACAGAAGAGAAAGAUGAUGCAAUUCCUAAAAGCAUUGUUCAGGAGAACGAAUCUAGUGACAAUAAAGAUAUUAAUCUAGCUUCAGAACAUCAAUCUUCAAGAAUUCAGGAAAAUUUAACGCCUUCGAAAUUAAAUUUUGAAAACUUUUUCCAACCUGACCAUCAGAAUGACUUAAAUUCACCCGAAAAAAGCCGUUUGGAUCAUAAAACGAAUGAAGAAGAAGAAAAAACAGCAACUUGCCCAAAUGUAAAAAACAAAAAUCACAUUACCAAGAUUUUUGCCAAAAACAUUUCGUCGCUUCCUUUCGAAGAUGAUUUGAAAGGCAGGUUUGAUCCGGAUUCGAGUAAAUCAACCAAAGUUUAUGUAGGCGAAGACGUGACUGUUUGUUGGACGGAGAUAACGACAAUAAAAGAAAACAGCUUAUUAGCAUCACCAAAUCGGCAGGUAAUUCGCGAAUACGCGAUUUCGUUUGAGAACUCAGCGAUUAUUCCUGAUGAAUACAUAGAGUGCUCUAAAAUGGAAGGAGAAAUUUUUGAUGACAGCCGUAUCUGCGACUCUAAAUUCCCCUCGACUAUCGAUCAAGAUACCAGAAAAAGCAAAUUAAUAAACACGACCACUAGAAGCCGUGAAGGGGAUCUCGAUGUUACGCAGAUUAAGGUGAUUAAAUGUGGUGUAGGCUCGCUCGUGACUAGAGAAGUCUUCGAAAUGGGAAAGAAUGAAAGCAAGAGGAUUGAAAUUAAAGUCAGUCCUCUGACUAAGAAACCUGAAGAUUGUGAGGAAAGCAAAGAAACGCCGAAAUUACUUUUGAAGGAGUGUUCUGAAGAAGUCUGCAAUGUAAAGUAUUACGAUGAUAUCGAAGAUGAUAAAGUGUCAUCUACUGGUGCGCCUUCAACAACUCUUUCCAGCACUCCAAAGCUUGAAGAAUCAUCGAAAACUGAAAUUCCAGAUUCGACGACAAUUUUAUAUUUUACCGAAACAAUCAAGACUUCAUUAGCUGAAAAUUACGAAGCUAGUAGUUCAACGGAACCUUCUACUUUACUGGAACCUGUAACCAAAUCUUUGGAGGUCUCCCCAGAGACGUUACAGAGCGAUGAUCAGAAGGAAGACUUGCAAACGACUUCUCCUCAUUAUUCGUACUCAGAUUACUCAGAAACCGGCUCUGGAGACUGUUCCGAAGAGACCGUAACUGACGAAGGGAUCCCUGUAGAACCAAACGACGACCAUGCUAGGAUCGACAAAGCAGACAUUGAUAUUGUCAGGGUCCCGCUGGUAAUACACGUCACUGAGCCGAAUAUCGUGAACGUAGAGCGAAGAUCGCAUGAACUGAGAACCACAUCUGGAACCCGAAGAAGCACGUUGCCCAUUAUCUCUUCUAUAAUCGACGAAAAAGGCGAGAAGCACCAACUCGCCUUAAAGAUAAAAGUUUCUCUUGAACAGAUCAACAGUGAAAAUCCCCGCAAGAUCGCAAAUAUUGAGAGGAACCUUACCUUAGAAGAACCUCUUUCUGAUCAUGAGAACAACAGUCUUCUGCAGCAGCUAGACGCGCUGAACAGAUCCGGCGACAGCUUGGAAGCGAUCAAAGAAAUCUUGAAUUCUUCUCUACUGGACAGGUUUUCCAAGGACAUCACUAGCACGGAGAAGACGACCUAUCGCAAGGAGUCAGAACAGGACUUUAAUAAGUUGAUCGAUGAUGUUUCCGAGGCAAUUGGUCAGCACAAGGAAGGACGCAGAGCUAGAAACAAGCGGUCGAUUAACGAAGGGGUUGAGAAAUUGGGGAGCUGGUCUAAUGAAAGAUUCAUGAACUUGGAGUCGGUUUCCGGAUUUUCUCUGGACCAAAGCAAAGGAGAAGAAAAUUUAACGGAUGAUUGGUACGGAAGAAUGUACAAUACCGUCGAACUAUGGGUAUUGUAUGGGGAGCCAUCUCCACUUCCAGUUUCAGUGUUAUAUCCAGUAAGAAGGCGGAUUACAGCAGGAACUGGAGAGAGAACUCUUCAAUAUAAGUUACCUGCAUGCUCUGGCUCGUGGACUCUCUCUUUGACCCUGGUCAAGUAA